AUGGCAUCACAAACAAACAAGAAUGGCGUCGGGAAGCCAGAUAUUGCCAACUUGGGCUUCACGCCCAUGGUAAAGGUCUCUGGAGAAUGGCAGGUUGAAAAAGUUCUCGAUGCGAUCCCCAACGGUGCUCCCGAAACAGGCAGUCAGUCACCGCUGGCCUUCUUUCACAUGAUUGAACGGCUGAAAACGACGAAGCGCGAAGGUUGGAGAAGGUUUGGCAUUGAGAGAGGCGAGUCAAUUUCCGAUCACAUGUACCGCAUGUCCAUCAUUUCCAUGUUUGCGCCGCCCGCGCUGGCCAAACGGCUGGAUCUGAACAAGUGCAUGAAGAUGUGCCUGAUUCACGACAUGGCCGAGCUCCUUGUGGGCGACAUUACGCCCGUCGACGGGGUGCCCAAGCCGGAGAAGAGCAGACGCGAGAGCCUGACCAUGGACUUUCUCACCAGGAACUUGUUUGGAAACAAGGACGAUGCCGCGGUCGGCCAGGAGAUUCGCGCGAUUUGGGACGAGUACGAGGAUUCUGCCACGCUGGAAAGCCACUACGUCCACGACAUUGACAAGGUGGAACUGCUCCUGCAGAUGAUGGAGUAUGAGAGACGCGGCGAGGGGACCCUUGAUCUGGGCGAAUUCGCGCGCGUAUACCGCAACAUGACGCUGAGCGAAACCAAGGCUUGGGCAGCCGAGCUGCUCAAGGAAAGAGAGGAGUUUUGGGGGGCUAGGGAGCAUGUCGAUGGAGUCAAGGGCGUGCAAGGUGGCGUGACGGAGGAAAAGGCCAAGAUGCAGGACGAGUACUACGCUAGGGAAUGA